UUUUUUUUUUUUUUUGUCUUAGUAAAAAUAUUCCAAAUCCUUUGGCAAACAUGUUACCUGACAGAGGAAAUGUUUGAAACUGAGUAAAAUAGACCUACUUUUCAGCAUGUGCCGACAUGUUUCUCCAAGCUACACUUUCAUAUUCAUUAGAUGAAUCAUGAUUACCAAAGAUGCUAGUGUGGGGGUUAGAAUAAGGACAAAUGUGAAUGUGGUUAACUGUUCCGAAUGUGUUUUGCAGCUUGUUUACAGAUACAUUGUGAAAAUGCAUGUAUUUAAAGCAGACGUUCACUGUAGUUAACAAAACUCCCAUUAUUUCUGCACAUUCAGUCUUUUAAACCUUCCAGGUUGCACCAGACACCUUGACCAAGGACAGAGCAUGAGCAGUGUUUUUGUCCCAGCAGAAAUUCAGUUGCUAUUUUAAGAGAUUCUGAACAAUCACCACAUCCUUCAGUAUUUCUGACCUUAAGUGACCUUGAUUCACAAACCCUCACUGGAAAUCUGGAGAUGCGGUAGAGACCUGUUAUCGAAAGACGUGUGAUAUCUGCUGCUGAGAAAUUGUAAUUGAGGCGAUGGCAAUUUUCUUUUCAAAUUAAAUUUAGAUGAAAGGAUAUGUAUGUUAACCAGCAGAGGGAGCAAGUACCAUUUGCACUAAUAGGACUGAACUCAAAGUGUGUGUGUGUGUGUGUGUGUGUGUGUGUGUGAUAGAGAGGAAGAGAUUAACAGUCCAGUGUGUGUCACAUCAGUUAGACAAGAGAAGUGAAAGGGCAGGGGAAAGAAAGUGAAGGAAGCGAGGCAAUUGGAUAAAUCGGAAGGAAGAAAAAGGAUAAAGCAGGAAGAGAGUGACUCUGCUGGAAGACUUGAUGAUUGUUAUGUAAGACAAACUCUCAUCAACUCUCACUUGCCUGCUCCCACCUGACAGCUCUGAAGACAAUGUGAGGAAAGGUCUUAAAACACAGAUUAGCCCUUCACUUCCUCGUCUGGUUAUCCUGUUACUCAUCUUGUACUCGCACCCACUGACGUUUCCUGUCUGCCUUUCUCGCUUCUCCCUCUUCUCCCUCUUUUCCCUCUUCUCCUCUGCCAGGGUCACUCUGACCUUGAUGAUGUCUGAGAGGGAGUUAAAAGCGAGAGGAGGCAUGCUUUACAAAAAAAACCCCAGCCAAAAUAAGUGGGGAAAAAAAGGCACAAGGAUCUGGGUGGAAAUGAGAGGAAAGAGAACAGCAGCAUCCUAUUCACUGCAGCAUAUGCCUCCAGUCUAGAGUAUAACAGGCUAUUUUUAGACACAGAUGGAUAUUUUUGUAUCUGUGCUAGCAAAGAAGGAGGUAGAAAAUUCACUCUUUGGUUAAAUCCCUUUUUGAGAUGAGGAUUAGGCAGUGAAAUGUAAGAGCCUGUGCGCACUAUACUGCAUGCGCUGCAAGUACACACGUGUGUGAUGAUGCUAAAUAUUCAUGGGGACCUGAGGCUGAGAGGGAAAAUCAGUGAGAGACACUGCGAGACAGUGAAAUGAGACAGAAGACAGGGGAUAAAUGAGUCAGAGGAAAAACAACAGAGGUUUAAUUGACUGAAAUGAGACAUGUCAAUAGUUUUUCCAAUGCUGACGCACUAGACGUUUCACAAGACUAACAGCUGGUUUGCGCAUGAAUCUGAAAUAAUACAAAAAUACCAGAAUAAUCUGAAUGAAUGUUUUAGCCAUUCUGAUUUGACUGGCUGAGUCGUCAGUUUUGUUUAUUCAAAGUGCAAGAAGAUGACGCAAGUGUGCAUUGUAUGUUUUUUUACAGCCUAGACGUCGUCUGAUGACGACAAAAAAUAUAAGCACAAAGACUCAUUGUGUCAGUGUUUACCCAUUUGAAUACUCUGUGACGUAAACUCAGCAGCUGUAGAGAAAUGAUCAUGUUUGACCAUGAAAUGAUUACAUUUCAUUCUACUUUGCAAAAAGGAAAAUACAAAAUGUUGCCUUCUAAUAGCAAAAGACCAGUUCUCAUUUUUAUUUAAAAAGAAACUGUAGAUGAUGAACGCAUGAGAGCUUAUUACAUCAAUCCCUUCCUUUGCCCUCCUACAUUUCUCAGCUCAUUUAACACACUGGAUGGCAGUGUGGCUGAAACAGGAUUAUAUUUGACCUCAAAGUCUUCAUUAAAAAAGCAAAUGCAGUGUCCACUGUAUUUAAUAUUUAGCAAAAAUCUAUUUAUAUGUUAUUAUUAUGAUUCUGUGUAUGACUCCGGCAAAAUGGUGCCCCAAUAAUCCUUGGAUAUCUUCUCCUGAGAUGUUGUUGUAUGUAGUGUGUAAGCAGUUAUGUAAAUGUGUAAAGUGUGUCUGUGUGAGUGAGCAAGGGUGAGGGAGAAGGAUAAAGCCAGAGAGAGAGAGAAAGAGGGGGAAAUGGAUCUCAUGCCCGUGCACACUAUAGUCUGACAUUAUGAGAGCUGACGGCUCCUGUGUCUGACGUCUGAUGUGUUCUGAAGUUCACAAUGAGCCUCCGGUGAGAGGCUGGAUGAAUCAUCCGCAGAACAACACAGAGGAGCCGCAGAGAUAUUGAAUGGGAGCGAGAUGUGAAACGACUUCGGCGCGAAUGUGUUUGUUAAAAUAGCAGAGAAUAGACAAGGUCGAACAGGAGAGGGAAAUAAGGAUGUUCAUUAGUGUCGCAAUGGCCGCCAGUGAAGUUACCUCAGGAGUGAAUGCUGCUGGACCAGAAGAAGAACUACAAAGCAGUGCAGUCCUGUGAGGAGGGGGGCUCUGGGGGGGCCUAUCUUGAGCCGCUAGUGGCCCUGGCCCAGAACGGAGCCAACAUGCACAACGUACUGGGGCCUGCAUGCAUCUUUCUACGCAAGGGCUUCGCUGAGAGCCGGCAGGCUGACCGAGAGUUGAGGCCCGAAGAAAUGGAUGAGUUGCGCGAGGCAUUCAAGGAGUUUGACAAGGACAAAGAUGGGUUUAUCGGCUGUAAAGACCUGGGGAACUGCAUGAGAACAAUGGGCUACAUGCCAACAGAGAUGGAGCUAAUUGAACUGAGCCAGCAGAUCAACAUGAAUCUGGGAGGACAUGUUGACUUUGAGGACUUUGUUGAACUCAUGGGGCCCAAACUUCUGGCUGAAACUGCAGACAUGAUUGGGGUUAAAGAGCUGAGAGAUGCAUUCAAAGAGUUUGACACUAAUGGUGACGGCCAGAUCAGCACAGCAGAACUCAGAGAAGCAAUGAAAAAACUUUUAGGACAACAGGUUGGACACAGAGAUCUGGAGGACAUUUUACGAGACAUUGACCUCAACGGAGAUGGGCAUGUAGACUUUGAAGAGUUUGUGCGGAUGAUGUCUCGAUGAAUUCGACAUGCAAAAACACAACAUGGAUUCUCUGUUGGUAUGGGAGGAAGAGGAGAGAGAUCAGCACAGAUGAAUCUUGAACUUCUGGACUGUCAAUGAACACGAAAACACACACAUAUCAACCCUGCCCUGAAACUGCCAUGCUGGAGCACAAAGGCUGACGACUACAGCCAGGAGCAACACUGUUGAUUAUAUGCUGCUGCUGUUUCUUAAAACAUAAACAAAACCAACAGCUGCAUUUCUGUCUUUUACAAAGUAUAUUUUAAAAAGCAUAUUUUCCUUUAGUAAUAACAACAUUUCUAAUGAUGAUGUGGCUCUUGACUCAAUGGGUAAAUGGUAAUGGGAGGUAUUUUGCUCAAAUACUAAACUAUGUUAAUAACUGUAGCAAUUAAGAAGACAUAUUUUCAACUACAGCAGUAUGCCAGCAAACACCUGAACCACUACAAUAUAUUCUUUUUUUUUAAUGCUGAGGGCAUCUUAAGCACAAAUACAAUAUGGCAAUAUGGAAAUAUUUCAUGUGAUCCUGUCAAAGCUGUGUGUUUGUGUUUUGUGCAUACUGUUGUUUCUCUCUGCCCUAUGCUGUAGAUUUAUUAUGUCCCUUAAGACUAUUGUCAAACCCUGGUUAAGGCAAGCCAAAAUUUGUUUUGUAAUUAUGUGUAAUGUAGCAUUGAUGCAAUUCUUCUGACUUUAAUAACAUUAUGCCUAUCUUACUGUGAUAUAUAUGUCAUUUUCAGUGUGCAUAAAACUCCUUCAACUGGAAAAAUCCUUGAAGGAAAUUCUCUCUAGGUACAAUGAGUUGCUAAUCUUGACUACUGUGAUAGGCCUUUUAACAACAUGUAUGUUUUACUAAUUCUGAAUAUUACUGAUCAUCCAUAUCUCACACAGGUAGGUGAUCAACAGAGUGUUAAAACUAUACAUGAAAGAGAGAUUCUGUUAAUGCUUUAAUUUUUAUCAGAGAGCUUUGAUAAAUGUACUUGUUUAUUGGGGUUUUGUGAGUCUACUUGAGUCUAACAAACAGUCCUGAAGUGAUUUUCACUUUGGUGCAACAUUUACACUUCUAACUUUAAUACCUCAAAAUUAAUUAUACAAUCAGCCUCAUCCAUAAACGGCCCCCAUAGCAUAAUCUCUAAUACCAAUUUAUUUACCCUCUUACCUUUAUUAUCUCUAUUUGUAAAGAAGCACCAUCCGCUUCUUUACGCAUAAAAGCCAAAGAAAGUUUACAAAAAUAUUAUUUGAGUCUUAUUCAGUGUAGUAAUUGUAUGCAGUAUGUUUUAGAAAUAUAAUCCACUGGAUUAUAUUUUCAAAACGGCUGCUUGAAAUGCUGACUGUUUCCCGGGGCAGCUAAAUUAUUGGUUGACUGUUCAUAAAUGGACAAGGAGGUAUAUGCAUGCUAAAAAGUUAAGAUAUUCUUCUAAAGGGAAAUCUUUCUUUGUGAUUUUACUUGUCUUAACUGUGUGAAACUAUGCAUGCAAGAAAUAACUGAAAUUUGUAGCAGAAUAUAUAAAAAAUAAAGUUUUUUUUCAGAACUUGAGAACAGAA